CCGGUGUUCUUCCAUUUUGAGUCUUUCCUGUUUGUCCGCGCGAUCUGACUGUCGCUUUCAUGCUUGACGUUCCAAUUCUUUGCGCGCUCCUCGUGCUCCUUCUCUCCUCGCUUCCCGCGGGAGCUGGUGCUCUCUGUGUCUCUCUGCACCGUGUCUCUCCCUCCUGUCUGCACUCUUGGGAGGGUGGUGGAUGCGGUUUCUCGUCGGUUUUUCCGCCUGGCCGAUUCGCGAGCGACUGCUCUGAGAGACGUCGGCUUCCUCAGCCGUCUCUGACCACAGAAAACGUCUCUGCUUCCCUCAACUCCGGCUCUGCUCUGUCCUCCCCCCCCAGGAGACUCUCGGACUUCGUUCGCAUGCAGCCGCGACUCCUCCAGGAGCGUCUCUUCACAGACCUGAGUUUUCUCUCGCGUCCUCGCCAAACUUUCUCCUCGUCGCGUCUCGGAGUUUUCUCUUCUCCUGCCCUUUCCCCUUUGCGUUCGUCGUCUUCGGCGACUCGGGUGCUUCUCAACUUCUCGCGUCCUGCCAGGCCUCGUCUGUGCUCUCGAUCUCCUCGCCAUCCUUCCCCCUCUUUCUGUUCUUCUUCGAUCUUUCCGCAGUCUCCCUCUCGCUCUUCGCUCUCGUCCACGUGGAUCUCCCUGCUCCUCUCGGACGUUCGCCUUGCGUCUGGGGCCGCGUCUCUCUCCUCGCCUUGGGAGUCGUUCAGUCUCAUAACGUCUGCUGCGCGACGUCCAGACUCCCGCGCGUUCGCAAGAAUCCCGUUGGUUCCGCUGUCCAUACACUCUGGGAAGAUGGCGAUGACUGAGGAAGAAAGAAGAGCGAAGAUCGAGGAGAUCUCGGCAAAAGGAAAGGCGAAAGGAUGGUCUGGAGAGGCCGUCCGCGGCGCCUACCUCGAGUUCUUCGAGGCGCAAGGCCAUCUAAUCUAUCCGUCCUCGCCGGUCAUUCCGCGCGGAGACAACACCCUGCUGUUCAUCAACGCAGGGAUGAACCAGUUCAAGCCGAUCUUUCUGGGCCAGAUAGAUCGCAGCUCUCCCCUGAGCAAACUGCGUCGCGUGGCGGACACCCAAAAAUGCAUUCGCGCCGGCGGGAAGCACAACGACCUGGAAGAUGUCGGCAAGGAUGUUUAUCACCAUACCUUCUUCGAGAUGCUCGGCAACUGGUCCUUCGGCGACUACUUCAAGCGCGAGGCGAUUGCCUGGGCUUGGCAGUUGCUCACGGAAGUCUACAAAAUCCCCAAAGACCGCCUGUACGCCUCGUACUUCGGGGGCGACCCGCGCCUUCCUUCCUGUCCCCCUGACGAAGAAGCAAGAGACAUCUGGCUGCAGUACCUCCCGGCGAAUCGCGUCUUGCCAUUUGGCGCCAAGGAAAACUUCUGGGAGAUGGCAGACACUGGGCCUUGCGGUCCGUGCUCGGAGAUCCACUACGACCGCAUCGGAGGCCGCGACGCGAGCAGCUUGGUGAACGCGGACGAUCCAUCUGUGUUGGAGAUCUGGAACCUCGUUUUCAUGCAGUACAAUCGCGAGAAAGACGGCAGCCUCACGCCCCUGCCUGCACCCUGCGUCGAUACAGGAAUGGGUCUGGAGCGCGUCGCCUCUGUGCUGCAAGACAAGCAAUCGAACUACGACACCGAUCUGUUCACCGCUCUCUUUGACAAGAUUCUCGAGUUGAGUCCGGGGCUGCGACCGUACGGAGGAAAGGUGGGCGAGGAGGACAAAGACAUGGUUGACAUGGCGUAUCGCGUCCUCGCAGAUCACGCGCGGUGCCUGACUGCGGCCAUCGCCGACGGAGCUGAACCUUCGAACGAAGGCCGGGGCUACGUUCUGCGAAGAAUUCUUCGUCGCGCCGUGCGCUACGCUCGGCAGACGCUGGGCAUGGCAGAGGGGAACUUCCCGAAGCUCGUUCCCGUCGUCGUCUCCCUCUUGGGGGAGACUUUCCCCGAGAUGAAGAAGAACGAAGAGAAAGUCGUUCGCAUUCUCCUCAAGGAAGAGCAGCAGUUCUCGCGCACUCUGGACAACGGAGUAGAGAGAUUCAAGAAGGUGGCGAACUCGCUGCAGGCCAAGGGACAGAAAGUUUUCCCUGGCGGUGAGGCGUUCACUCUCUACAGUACCUACGGCUUCCCUCUCGACCUCACUCAGCUCAUGGCCGAAGAAGUCGGACUCCAAGUCGACGCCGAAGAGUUCGAACGCAAGUUCGACGCGCAUCGCGCAGCUUCAGAGAAUACUUCCUUCAAACAGGGUGGGGCCGGCGCGGUGUAUGCGCUGCCUCCCGACCAACGUCACCUGCUUGCCCAGAGUCGCAAAGUGCCUCCGACCGACGACUCCGCGAAAUACGAAUGGAACGUGAAGGAUCAAGCAGCUCUCAUGACGCAAGACGCGGUUGAAGCUGCUCCCAUCAAAGCCAAAGUCAUGGCCAUCUGGGACGGAAAGCGAUUCGCGCCAGAAGUGACGGCGGUGGCGUCGCCGACGGGAGAGAACUUGGUGGCAGUGAUUCUGGACAAGACUUGUUUCUACGCGGAGCAGGGAGGGCAGAUUGGAGACGUCGGCCGUCUAGUUGACCUCUCCUCACAAGCUGAGUUCGAGGUUGUUGACUCUCAGAAGAGCGGGGACUUCAUUCUCCACAUCGGAAGCAUGUCGAAGGGAACUCUCCGGGAAGGUACCGAGCUGGUACCGGCUGUGGACUACGUGAGGCGAUUCAGGCUGGCGCAACAUCACACAGGGACGCAUUUGCUGAACUUCGCUCUGAGAGAAGUUCUGAUCAGAAAACUGAGGUCCGGUGGCAAGGCAAGUGCGAACGGCGACAAGCGCGAGGACACUAAUGGCAUUCGCAUUUGCGAAUCUUGUUUGAACGAGAAAGAGUUGGAGGACGGCGAAGACAUUCAACAGAAAGGAUCUCUCGUUGAGGUGAAGCGCCUGCGUUUCGACUAUGCGGGAGAGAAGCCGUUGGAAAACGAGGAUAUUAUCGCCGUCGAAAACGUCGUCAAGGAUUGCAUUGCACAGGCGCGUCCAGUCCACUACAAAGAAGUUCCUCUAGAGCAGGCGAUGAAGAUUCCAGGACUGCGCGCCGUUUUCGGAGAAGUGUAUCCCGAUCCCGUUCGCGUAGUUUCUGUCGGAGAAGACAUCGAGUCUCUCGUCGCUCUCGCCGACAGCUCACAGCCGGAAACGCCUUUCGCGAGCAUCGAACUGUGCGGCGGUACACAUCUGCACAACGCUUCUCAGCUCUCAGACUUUUGCAUUCUCUCUGAAGAGUCGGUCGCCAAGGGCGUGCGACGCGUCGUCGCGGCCGCAGGCGAUGCUGCCUUCGAAGCGCGCAAGGAGCUCGAGGAACUCGAAGAGGCCUUUCGUUCUCUUGCCUCGGCUCCGAGAGAACUGGCAGCGUUGGAAAAGGAAGUUGCAAAGGCCAGGGGACUUCUCGACGGCGCCGGACCUUUGCCCCUCGUGGGGAAACGCUCACUCGUCAAACAGCUUGAGCAGGCUCAGAAGGCUCUGCUCGAACUCCAAAAGGCCCGCAGCAAGGAGUUGGUGAAGGAGGCGAAGAAGUUGGGAGAAGAACUCGGCACCGAACACAAAACGAAACCUUUCCUCGUCCUCAACUUGCCUCAGCUCCUCGGCGACGGCAAAGCGCUCGACGCUGCGUCUCAGACGCUGCACCAAGCGGCGCCGGAUUUGCCUUUCCUGUUGGUGACCGCGAGCGCCGCGACAGGCACUGCGGCCAUUGCCUUUGUGCCUGCCGCUUGUAGCCAACUGCAUGCGGCUUCGUGGCUGACCGCAUGCGUUGGCCUGCUGGGUGGAAAAGGCGGCGGCAAGGGGGAGCGCGCCGUCGGCGCCGCGAAGGAAGGCGCCGCUGACAAGGUGGACGCGGCUGUCGCCGAGGCGACGGCGUUCGCGGAGAAGAAAUACGGCGCCUAGGAUUUCUCCAGGGACUUGCGCGGAAGCUUCAAACCUUAACAGAGCUGGAGUUGAGCAACACCGUUCCCUGACAAGGCUGGCGUAGCGUUUCGCGGAAGUCUGCCGAGGUCGUUCUGGACGGAUAAUCUGACAAAAGGCCCAGGGCGGCGACAGAAGUCCGCCGAUAAGAGAACUCGCGUGGAAGAGGCAUGCUGUCGGAGAGUAAAAACGGCUCGCAUUGAGUUUGUGGAAAGAAAGGAUCCGGCCAGUGACUGGCCGUGUGAAAGGAGAGUGUGGCGAGAAGAACGGGGGAUUCGCUUCGUUGUUGUUUAGUGGAUUGUUCUCCAUCCCGUUUUGCCUGUUCAGUGACGCGUGAAAGGAAAUUCAAUUUGCACAGACAGGCGCCGAAGCUAGAGCGAGGAAGAACGCGCGAUUUGUGCGCUUGAGAAGGCAUGCAAGUGUCGAAACCCUGUUGUGGCAACAGUUGUCAAGUCCGAUGGGAGUGCUUGUUCUGACGUUCCGAGUUUUUUGAGAACGGCCGAUCGAACAACUCCUGUGAAACUUUUCCGCCUUGGCAGAACCAGAACCAAAUGGGAAUGUG